AUGAAACUCAUUUUCCGCCAUCAUAUUCUCAGGAAGAGAGUAAAGUUGAAAAAGUGUGACACACUGACAUUCACAUCUAUCUAUCUAUCUAUCUAUCUAUCUAUCUAUCUAUCUAUCUAUCGAGAGAGAGAGAGAGACAGACAGACAGACAGACAGACAGACAGACAAUUGUUAGUCUUAGUUUCUCUCUCUCUCUCUCCCUCUCUCUCUCUCUCUCUCUCUCUCUCUAUUUCUCUCUCCUUAUCUAUUGACUUAAAUUCAUAUAGCGUUGAAACAUUGGUCCUUCCUCAUCUUAUAUAUCUUUCUGUGCGUCGCUGUUUUUCUCUCUUUGUCUGUAUGUCUCUCUCUCUCAUUCUAUGUCUCUGUCUCACCUUUCUUUCUUUCUUUCUUUCUUUCUUUCUUUCUUUCUUUCUUUCUUCUCGACUCGUGCGAAGGCGUCCAAAAGCCACUUGGUUAUUUUGUUCGACAUUCUUUGUCACGACGGUUGUACGCUUGAGAAAACAAACACAAAUAAAGAUGUGUCGGAAGGCAACUUGUGGGACUUGUGGAAAGACUACGUGGAUGGGUUGUGGUAAACAUGUGGAAAGUGUCAUGAAGGACGUACCCGAAGAAGAAAAGUGUAAAUGUGAGAGACACAAUCCCAAAAUGUGUACGGCCUUGUAG